AUGGCAUCAUGUUCAAUCCCAGCUAAUAAAGCAAAACAUGAAAGCACAACAACUAACCCAAACUGGUUAGAGCUUCCCAAAGAUAUAACUUCAAACAUCCUCCAGAAGCUCUGUCCUGUUGAAAUACUUAUCAGCGCACGAAAUGUGUGUCCUUAUUGGUGGAACAUUUGCAAAGACCCUCUCAUGUGGCGUACCAUUCGCAUGACCGAUAUUCACAUGUUACGUUAUAAUUCUUCUAACUUAUCCAACAUUUGUCGCUAUGCCGUUGACAAAAGUUGCGGUGGUCUUGAACACAUUUAUAUAAAGUUUUUUGGAAAUGAUGAUCUCCUUCAAUAUGUAGCUGAUAGGGCGAGUAAGCUGCGGCGCUUAGGGAUUGAGGAGUGCCAUAGAUUAUUGUCAAAUAAAGGACUGAUUAAAGCUGUGAAGAAAUUUCCACUGUUAGAAGAGCUUCAUAUUUCUAAAUGCCACCUUCUCGAUAAAGUUUCUUUUGAUAUUAUUGGUCAAUGUUGCCCUCUUUUAAAAUCGUUAAGUCUUUUUGGUUAUUUUAAAUGUGAUCGUCAAGCGUUUGAAAUCGCAGAAUGGAUGCCUAGACUGAGACAUCUUAAGAUUUUGAAUAAUAAUAAUCUUACCAAUGAUGGAUUAUUUGCACUUCUUAAUGGAUGCACUCUUCUUGAAUCUCUUGAUCUGCGAGGAUGUUUUUAUCUUGAAUUGACUGAAAGUAUAAAGCAAAGAUGCAACAUGCAAAUCAAUGACUUUUUACUUCCAUUGGAUUCUAUGGACGAGGAUUAUUAUACUUUUUCCGAUCCUGAUCUCUUAUUAACGCGCUUACGUUGGAGGUCGAAUAUUGAGAAUUGA